CUUUCAGCAAGUUUCAGUUUCACCGUCGCUAUGAACGCACACUGGCGCGUACAGCUUCGCGCCGUUUGAGUUUCGUAUAUUUUCGAACUUUUUCCAACUUGUUCGAGUCUGUGCAUCAGACAAUAAUUCUUAUGAUGAAGAAACCGAAACGAUCAUUCAAGCUGCCGAAUUUAAUCAGCUAAAUCUCGAACCACCCAACUUCAAUCAACCAAUGGAUGACCUCCUGUUCAACUACAGUCAACUAGCCUUAAUAGGAACCAACCACGCUGAUUUCACCCCCGACAACCUCUCCGAGGUAAACAUCAGCAAAUCAGUAACCAGACUGACGUCACCGUUAGCGGUCACCAUUGUAGUGCUAAUAGUUUUUCUACUUUCGCCAAUGAUUCUCAUUGGCAACUCUCUAGUGCUAGUAGCCACUUACAGGAUAAAACGGCUACGGACGCCAAGUAACUACUUAGUGAUGUCGCUUGCAACUAGCGAUUUGGGUGUAGGCAUGUUUAUGCCGGUGGGAUUUUAUUUGGAACUGAACGGAGCCAAUAAUACAAUAUCGGGGUUCCAAUUGUGCCUGUUCAGUUACGGUGUAGUGAUUAGUUUGUGUUGCGUUUCGGUUUUGGUGAUGGCAGCGAUAGCUGUGGACCGGUUUACUUCGCUAGCUCGACCUUUGCGGUAUAAUAAUUUGAUUACGCAUUCGGCGGUCGAACGGUAUAUUUUCAUUUUUUGGGUCUAUUCGAGUUUGGUCGGGUUCAGUCCUUUGGCUUACGCUGUGUAUGUCGGAUCGAAGAAAAGUAUCUCUCCAGACUGUUCAUUUGGAGAUAUGGUCGAGAAACCGGUACAACUGUUCAUGUUCUGCGCCGUUUACGGACCGACAUCGUUAGUCCUACUAGUCUGUUACGGAUACAUUUACUUCGUGGCCCGAGGCCACGCCAGAGCGAUCAGGUCCGAGCAAAAACAAUCAGUUUACAGACACCAGCAUUACAAUACCGGAACAGUGGGACCGCCAAGAUACGGACUCGCUCUCGCCAUUACCACAGGACUUUUUGUUGGUCUAUGGAUGCCAUUUCAGAUCUGCAUGCUCCUAGAUGUAUUUUUCGAAACGAAAAUCCUAACUUCCUGGAUAUCAAUCUACCUAGCUCUUCCAAUCCUAUCCAGCAGCGCAAUCAAUCCAUGGAUCUACGGUUACCGAAAUGCUGAGCUUAGAGCUGGCAUUAGAAAAGUCGUAGACGACAUUCUAUCGACUCUAGGAUUUACAUAUCGCAGCCAUCAAAUAUCGGAUCGCGACCAGAUGGCUCCCAGCGUUGCAGCUACCGCUGGCGAACCAGCAACUUUUAUAAAUCACGUACAAAGAGACGGAAUUUGUUGGAAAUCUGAAGGUGAAUUUUUGCUGGUACCCAUAGCGAGGCCAGAAAGUUCCGGAGUGCUUUCUAGUGCCGAAAGUCAUCAGAAAAUAUUUUGUAGUAAUCCUAAGAUUAUUUUGCCGUGCGAAACUCCUAGACUGAUGUUGAAAAAUAGUAAAAGCAUGGUAGAAAGUUUGGCAAUGAUUAGGGGUUCUGAUGUUUUGAUUGUUAAAGGAAGUCAUUUUAUGAAACACGGAUCCAGUGUUUUAUAAAUGUAUUUUAGAAAUAUAUUUUUGAAACUUGAUCAGAUCAUUGCCAAAAAGUUACUUAUAUAGAUAGGACGGGAUCAAUUGUUAGAAUAGAUUUAAAAAACAAAGAGUAUAUUAUAUUAGUACGGUUCUAAGAAUCUUAAAAAGAUAUUUUUUAAUGUGCCAUUAUGAUGUAAAAAAGACGUAUUAUAUUUUAAUUUAAAAAAAAAAGACAUUAAAUCAAAACAAUUUUUAUCAGUAUUAAUUAUUAUAUCAAAGACGGUUAUAUAUAUAUGUUUUUAUAAAUAAAAUCUUGUUUCAUUGGUCGAAUUCGAUGCUCCACUUUUCCUUUAUCAUCAUGUCGGUAUCAAAAAUUAAUGGAAUUGACCCAUUUUACACGCCAUAUCGUGCUUUAUCAUACUAAUUUAUGUAUAAUCCAGAUGAUAUAGAGGAACCAGACCCUGACCGAAUUCGAAACUCGACUUUGGAACAGACAGCGGGGAGCGGAUGAAAAAGCCAAAUAGUGUUUUGAUCCUGCGGGAAUCUGGUAAUCUGUCGGAAAGAGUUUGGGGGAUCAAUCAUAAUUAUUUGUUAGAUGAAGUUGAGUUUUAAGUUUUUUUCAAGGCAAAGUAUGUAGGUACAUAUAUUUUUUCCAAUUCUGAUCUUUGAAAUGUUUUCCAUAAUCGUUGAUAAUAACCAUCGAUCACCUCAGAAAAAAAUUUAUUCUAGUCUCUGAAGAGCCUCCUGCGAACUGUUUUUUUUCUUCUAAG